AUGGAUUCAGUCGCCUCGACCCUCGCCGCUCAAUACCACAAGGUCAUCGACCCUCUCAAUGCCCGGCCACGCCAGGCAGCCGUGACGACAACAGCGGUCGCGCUAACGCUGUCUCUGGCAUGGGUGCUCAAAGACUUCCACGCGUGGAGGUCUUUCGGUACAGGAGGCACGCCGCCCACGUGGGCCGGGUACUGGCGCAUGACCAAGAUCCGCCUGAACCGCAUGCUGCUGUUCGGCAAGGACGACCUGUGCGACCCGUCUCCGCUCUCGUCCUCGGGACCCCAAUAUCUCGACCCAGCCGCCAUACCGACGCGUGAGGGCCCCAGGCCGGCGAUCAUGGCCCGCACUAUGCCUCAGCGCCAGGUUCCCUACAAGGCCGGCACGGCGGAUGCGGGGGUCGAGGAGCGCGUGAGGACUAUGAUGGCCUCAUUGGCCGCCAAACACCCCUCAAUCCUGGACCUGCGCCCCAGCAAGACCGAGGGCGGGAGUACUGACGCCAUCUACGCGAAGCCGGCCCUCGAAACACUCAACGACAAGGCCAGGGACAACAAACUCCUGGGGACGGAGAUCGCACACGCACACCCUUCCGACGGGAGCCUUCACGUCUGGCUGUCCGAGGCGGACGCUAAGAUCGUAGUCGAGAAGGGCUGGGGCAUGAGGUUCCCACUCAAGUUCAUCGACAAGGGCUGGGCGAUGGUCUAUGCGCCACGCACCAUGGCCGAGGCGGAUGUGGUGGAGCGCAUUGUGCGAGCGGGUAUUGCGUGGGUCAGUGGCGUCGAGGUUUGA